AUACCGGACUUUUAGAUCGAAUUGUAUCAUUGCGAUCGGUUUGUUUUUAAUUGUUCAAAUAAUAAAGACACUGAUAUAUAUGUUUUUAAAUGUAAUUUGGAAAAUCAGGCUUGUAAGCGUUAAUACGUUGAUCGGCACGUCAUCCAGGGUGGGCGAAAGGACUUUUCAUUAAAGAUCUAAAUAAAGUAAUUCCGAAGUUGAAGUGUUAAUAAAAAUAAAUCUGAAUACGAUUCGUGAAUUUGGAGAGUUUGAAAAAUUAAAUAGAUAGACCGUCCAAUUUUUAAUUGCCUCGUGACGAAAUUUUAACUUCGUAGAAAUAUUCACGAGUUUCAACAGAAACUUUUCGCCAUUAGACACUCGUGACGCUGUAUUGAUACGAUGGUAGGUCCUCUAGUCGUCUAGAUUCACACCUGUGGUUCGCACCUUCCAGGUCGCACCUGUUGGAGAAGGUAACAAUCCAAGAGUCCUUCCACGCGGUAGGUUUUCUCUUUUAACCCAGGUCUGUGGAAAACCCGUGAAAAUUGAAUUCCCGAGGUUGGAGAAGAUUGAGGAGGAUCGGAGUAGGGAGGAGCAGGUUACUCGACGUAAGGGUACCCGAGGAAACAGUGAGCGAGGAUGGGUGGCGGAGAAUGGACCAGUUGGUUGCAAGGAUGUCGAGAAUCGCGGAGAUUGGUCCUCGUGAUCGUCGCCAUCGCUCUGCUCCUGGACAACAUGCUCCUGACUACGGUCGUGCCCAUUAUACCGGAAUUUCUGUACGACAUCAAGCACCCUAACUCGACCCUGAGCCAGCACCUCGAAUCGAGUGGUCCUGCUCGAACGACCACGAUGAAGACCACGACAAGUACCACCAGCAGCAUAACCACGACUCCAAAAUGUCCUUGUGCCCCGAACAGAUCAAGCGAUGCUCAACUGGAGUUCAUUUACGCCAGCACCCUAUCUACCAUCGAUCUUCCUGAGAACCCGGUCGACAAUGGGAGUUUAGCAGAGUUAAAGGAAAAGGAGCAGAGACAUCGUGAAUUAUUGGAGGAAACUGUCGCGGUUGGGGUAAUGUUCGCAUCGAAAGCUUUCGUACAGCUCUUGGCCAAUCCUAUCGUUGGCCCACUUACCCACAAAAUUGGUUACAGCAUCCCCAUGUUUACUGGAUUCAUCAUUAUGUUCCUUUCCACGCUGAUAUUCGCGUUUGGACGAAGCUACGGUAUUCUUUUCUUGGCAAGGGCGCUGCAGGGAAUCGGAUCAUCGUGCUCCAGCGUUUCAGGUAUGGGUAUGCUGGCCGAGAGAUAUCAAGACGAUAAGGAACGUGGAAACGCGAUGGGUAUCGCGUUGGGUGGUUUGGCCCUCGGUGUUCUCAUUGGUCCACCCUUUGGCGGGGUCAUGUACGAGUUCGUUGGGAAAUCUGCUCCGUUCUUGAUACUUUCCGCAUUGGCUCUUGGCGACGGAAUUCUGCAACUUCUGGUGCUACAACCGUCCGUCGUUUAUACCGAAGCAGAUCCGCCAUCUUUGAAGUCGUUGGUCACUGAUCCUUACAUCGUGCUGGCUGCUGGUGCCAUCACGUUCGCCAACAUGGGUAUCGCUAUGCUGGAGCCUAGCCUCCCGAUUUGGAUGAUGGACACGAUGGGUGCGAGCAGAUGGAAACAGGGCGCCACGUUUUUACCAGCGAGCAUCAGCUACUUGAUCGGUACCAAUCUUUUUGGACCACUUGGGCACAGGAUGGGCAGGUGGUUGGCUUCCUUGAUCGGACUUGUCGUCAUUGGUAUUUGUCUGAUGUGUAUACCACUGGCAAGGAGUAUCGAUCACUUGAUCGUACCCAACGCUGGCUUGGGAUUCGCUAUCGGCAUGGUUGACAGUUCGAUGAUGCCCGAAUUAGGUUACUUGGUGGACAUAAGGCACAGUGCUGUUUACGGAAGCGUUUAUGCCAUUGGAGACGUUGCAUUCUGUUUAGGUUUUGCUAUCGGACCUGCAUUAAGCGGUACAUUGGUCAACACAAUCGGUUUCGAAUGGAUGUUAUUUGGAAUCGCUAUUCUCAACUUUCUUUACGCUCCUCUGAUGUACUUUUUGAGAGCACCACCAACGAAGGAGGAGAAGAAGUCGCUAAUCAUUGGCGAGAAAUCUUCUGUGCGCUACGUAACGUACCAGAACGAAGAAGAGGAGCAAUAAACUAACCUGGGACGCUCUUCUCGUCGAUCAGUUUUCCGUUCAUGGUAUUCUUCACACGAUGGAACAACGAGUUAAAUAUAAUUAGCGAUCCCCAUCCGCAACCUGCCUCAAGAUACAUCUUUUUUUUUUUAUAGGUUAUGUGUAUCUUCUCGGGGAAAUUAGCGAUACCGUAAGACGACAGAAAAUGUUGUCCUUGCUCUUGACACUCUAUGUUUAGAACAGUGACGCUCAUUUGCACCAGUGUUUCUCAAACUGGGGUUCACAAAUUAAAAAAAAAUGCAUAUUAUAAGCAUACUAGUUUAAUAAAAAAGCUGUUUUAUAAGUGUUAAAAAGCUCCAUAGAUUCUUACAAUUUUAUCUGGAAGUCAGGUAAUAAGUAAUUUUUGUUACAUUCAUUUCUGUGCAGUAAAUUAGUUGUACAACUUCGAUUAAAAAGUAUUCUUCUUAAAAGCCUUUAAAGUAUAUUAAAAAUAUAACAAUUCAAAUGUAUCCUAGGGAGUUUGAGAAACACUGUCACUUAUAUCGCGGGAUAUCAAACGCUUGACAAACACGCGAUCAUCUCGACGGAACGAAUGAUCGACUUUCUCUUUAUCCUCGAUGUUCGAAGCACGCAUUGGCACAUCCAACGAUCUUUCGAACUCCCAAGAUAAAGGAGAAGCACGCUGUACGAGGAUAAAACUUUCUGAAAUUCGCGCGCGCGCGAUAAAUAGGCGUUUAAUUACUUCCUUAGCUAAUGAAAAUUGUAUAUACACACGUAUAUGUACUUGUAGCAGUAGAUCGAAAGAAUAAGUGUGUGCGUUCAAAGAAAUUGUACGCAUCGGCAUGUAUAGAAUAAGUGCAUUUGAUUUGCAUCGAUCAAUCGAUAAAGAUGUAUACGUAGCUUGUACACCGCGAUCGGUCGGUAAUUUAUUCGUUAGUUCGUGAACCGUAAACCGUGCGAAAUCUUCAGCCGCUCGUGACGAAAAAAUAUUAACAAAAUUACAAAAUUUUUUUACGGAGAACCGCCUGAUUUGGAUUCCCUGAAUGGCUGCAGGGAAACCGACCGCCAAAACAGCGAUCAGGUGUCAUGAAGAGUUCUCCAAAAUUUGUCGAGUCGAUUCUAUUCGAUAGUCGGUAAAAAAGAGUAUACCGACAUGUUGAACCAAGUAGUGACAGCUGAAGAGAAUUUGCAAUCUUUAUCCUUAGUAGGUAAUUAAGAAAAAACCGAUUUCAAUAUUCUCUAGACGGUAUACCUAUAUAUGUAUACAUGUAUAAAAGAAAAGCUGUUGUGUUAUUACUACGCGGUAAACGAUAGGAUUGCCACAAGUUUAAAUUCAAAUGAAAUAUUUACGAUUAUAUAUAUGAAUUUAUCGCACUCUGUAUGGUAUAUACACUGAUGAAAAUAUCCACUGAGAGUCUUAUUAGUGUACAAUUCUGUUUAUGAGAUGCCAAGGGUCCUAUGCCCUAAGCUUAUAAAUAUACGUACAUGCAUACACGCACGUAGGGCUUUAGUCUCUCAGAAACAGAAUUGGCCUAUUUUACACUUAUCAAUAUGCGGCAAUCCUGAUAAAUCGGUGAAUAGGUUAGCGUCGUAGCGUUCGUAGGAUUAGCAAAUCAUACGAUAAACUGUGUGAAUUCGCGGCGGGAAACUCUACCUUCAAUAUUCUUUGUUCCGUGUUGGUUCUCUUAAAAAUAUUUAUAAAGGAGAUACACGCAUAGAAACGCGUUACGCGUAUUCGUGUUCCAGUAAUAGUUCCGUAAGCAUGGUAGCUUAAAUAGAACAGUUGCGUAUAAACAAAUUCUAUAACCUCAAAAGUAGGCUGAUUGUAUUCGUUGUUCGGUUCGAGGAACAAAGGCCGUGUAUGUGUAUACAACCAGGUCCUAAGCUACUGCAAAUGUACGUGAAAAUAAUUUUUAAGGAAAGAAGCAGCAUUAUUGUAUUGUUUCGACAAAGGUGCUAAUAAUACAUACUCGUGCGAGCAUACUCGAUAUAAAUACUAAAUGCACUCGUGCAACAUAAAUAUAUGAUACUAUAAUUAAGCGAAAUUAUAUUUGUGGUAGAAUCGUAGAAACUUUGAAUUUCAAUCUGUAGUAUACUAAGAGAUGUAUAAUAGAGUAGAUUAGAAUAAAGCGGAGAUCCAUCGGAAUUUUCUCAUAAGAUUGGCGGUUCUAUUGAAUUCAGAGACGAACAAGAUUAUCUAGAUGAAAUUUUUUAGUAAGACAUAAAAGAUGGAGAAUUUAUUUGGAUUAUAGAGUGAAAUUAUAUUUCAUGGCGAAUACAAAUUUGACUGUUCGAGUAAACAAAUUUUAUCCAUCUCUGAUUGAAUCCAACCAAGUUGCAUUUGAACAAAUAUUUUAACCGUUCGAAACCACUUAUGUGAAUCGAAAUUUUCAAAAUGAAGAACAUGUACCACCAGAUUGAUAAAGAAGAGAACAACAAGACAGUAAUGUAGCUAGAUGCUAGAGGGAGCUAUUCUUCUUUCUUUUUGAGCGGAUAAAAUAUUUGGCACUAACUUCAGUGGCGUAGCCAGCAAGUUGGAACGAAUUAGUUGGAAGUUUUUCGAGUGGAUAUACAUGUACAGCUUUCCAUUUCGAAUUCUAUGAAAUCCAAGAGGUUGUGUCACAUGGCAUACCUACUCCCGGUAAAAAACGCGAGUCAAUUCGAUUUGCAAAUUCUUAACGAACGCUCGCCGCAACCGUAUAUAUUUAAGAAGGAGCAUCGCGUCACAUGAAAGGGAAAUAUAAAAAUCUAAAGCGAAUUUCAGAACCGAUCGUUUCGAGAAAUCAGUGUCGUCAUAUUAUAGGGGGUAAAGAAUCGCAAUCAAGAAUCGACGAAUCGCCAUCGUUGCAUCGUCAUAGUGUAACUGCUAUCCAUUAUGUGUACCGUACGAUGUAAACGCAUUAAGGAUCGUUCAGAUUUCUGUACAUAUAGAGGACGUACCAUAUGUGUAUUUAAGAUGCAAUUAUAGCGAAAUCGUAGCUACACCAACUUUUCAAGUCAACUUUAUCGUUGGUCGAUGACGCUUCGCCCGGUUUCUCGCUACUUUUUGCUGAAGGCAGACCGUUAUCAAAUCAUCCUUUAUAUUUUUAAUAUAUUCCCGUUUGAUUGUCGAAGUUCGAGCGUUUAAAUUCGUUUAAAGGGAAAUGUUUGAAAAUAAUUCGCGUCAAGCCCCGAUAAGCCUAGUUUCACCACUGGUUGUGCAGCCUGUGGCUUACUUUACGCAUGCGUAUAAUAUAAUGCACUCACCCCGAAGCAUUAGCUGCAGGCUGUUGUCGAUCUGUCUGCAUUGCUGGUGAAAUCGAAACGAUCUUUUUGGAGAAAAGAUGUCACUGAUCAAUAAUUAUGCUCAAACGAACACGAUCGAAUGAUGGCAUCGAUUUAGAACUAACUCGCAAAAUCGACCGUAAUCGUUAAUCGAUAUUUUUGGCGACUGUGGCGAACAUCGAAAAAUGAUUCUUUUUCGACACUUUAUAAUUCGAUGCAUCGAAUAUAGAAAACGUUAUGAUCAACUGAGUUCUACAAAUAUCUUCGCUUUUCAAAUUUGAACGAAUACAAGUAUAACAAAUUAAAAAGAACUUGCGGGUCUGGGUUAGAUUACACUGCACACUAUUAAAUUUCCAUGGCUGGAUCGACGUUGAAUUAUUUUUCGAUGCAUUGGCCAUACUCCAAAAAUUGUCUAUGCUUCGUCUUCUAUUUUUGUCUAACCUUUCGCGCGGGAAUUCAUCAGCCAUAUUGUUAUAUCGAGCUCCGAUCGUGAUCCAGUUGUACGCGAGCAGGACGCUAAGCUUUUCGAUGUAUCUUCGUGCCGCGUUUAAAAAAACAAUUGAAAACAAAAUCUUAGCGAAUAAUUCGUCGAUGGCUGCUAUUGUGAACAGACAAUAAGCAACGAUGACGGAGACGAACGAUCGUUUUCACGUUAUUAUAUACUUCGAUAUGCGUUCACGUCGAUGAACUGCGCGUUCUCGAUCGAUCGCUUUCGAACUUUGAGAUCGAUAGACGACGGAAAGACUUGAAUUUAGUUACGUCAAAGAACGAACAAACGAACGUUAACCAAUUCUAUCUAUGCGUACGCAUAAUUUUAUCUACGAGUACUGUUCUUAUCUGAAAAGAAAAAUCCUACAAGUUAUGGGAAACGUUUUUCUUCUCAGAAGACCACAGAACAUUUUUGAACGCAAUAUUUUCUUGUAUCCAAUGAUUGUUACGUAAAUAUUUAACCAGCUGGUGUAUGGGUCCGACAUUUAAUGCCUGUGUAGUUGUUGAAAAACAGCGAGAUUUGAGGGAAAAAAUAAAGGUAGUCCUUAUUAAAUUGUAUGGUGUGUGUAUGUGUGUGAGUAUGAAUUAUAUAAACCUGCAUAAAUGCAGAUGAAAGAUGCAAAUCUGCGAAGGUAAAUCACUUUGGAAAGAAAUUUCGAACGAGUCGGCUCUGAAAAUCGUGGAUUUUUUGCCCAUUAUAUAUCGAUCAACGUUCGAACGAUGCUCCAAAUAACGAUUUAAACUCAUAUCUAAAGAUUGAUCCUGAUUACUACGAUCAAACUUGUUCUAUCGAAUUAAUCAUUACUCGACGUUACUUGUUACUUACAAGCAUGAUCUGUUUAUGUGUGUAUUGUUCAAUAUCGUGUAACAAAUAAAUGUACGUGUUCAACGUGA